UAACAUCAAAAAUACUCAUUUCAAACAGACUUGCAUGUUUUAUGCAUAGUUUUGGUUUAUUGCUGUGAUUGAAUGUUUAAUUCAUUACUAAGCUGGACCGUGCACAGCAAAAAUCAUGGCAGCUGAAUACAACAGAACUGCAUCACAGCCCCCCAAUGAGGACGAUCUACCUCCCGAAGAGUCCAUGAACAAUGCACUAGGGGGAGAGGGUAAUGGGGAGGGUUUUGUGUACCGGGUGCCCAAGGGUGACAACCCCGCUGCCGCUCCUCCCCGAGGACCCAUUGGGGACAUUUUUAAUGACUACGACUACGACGGGGGAUCGAACCACUUCCAAAAUGCAGACAGAUAUCAGAGAUGAGCAGCGUCAGAAGAUAGAGGAGGCUCUGAAGAGCGAGAAUGACAGACUGAGGACAGAGUUGAGGAAGGAGAGGGAGCAGAGACAGCAGCUGGAACAUGACGAGGCAGACAGGAUUGCGCGUGAGAAUGAGUUGAAUGUGAGUCCCCUGGAACUGGCCCGGCUGAGAAGUCUGGAUGCCGAAUUGGAGGAUAAAGACCUCAAGUACAUGGCUCUGCAGAAAGCGCUGGAGGACAACAGUCGCAUGUGGGGGAGGGAGAAGGAGGAACUGUUGAGGCGGAUCACUGAGUUGGAGAGGGGCUUUGCCAGGUCUCCCGUCAUGAUACUCGGGCACCCCUCCCUCAACAAACCCCACCUACAGCCACACACAAACCAUAACGUCCACACGGACCGGCUGAUGAGUCCACACUAUCGACCCAAAAACUGGCCAUCACGACUGGAACCUAUCAGCUGACAAUAAAUAUCAACCACAGCAGCUUAUUCAGUACCUGAACUUCGAAUUGAACUUUGAAAACCAUCGAAUUAAAAUAGUUCCACAGUCUGAUAAUUUGUUUCCUCUUAAUAAAAUUUAUUUUUGUCAA